UGACCUCGCGGAAUUUGAGCGGAGGGUUGUACCCACUCCCAGCCACACCAGCGUUGCUGUUCCGGGUCUGCUGCUCCUAAGUGCCCGCUGACCCACCAUGAGCAGAGGACUGACGCUGUGCGGUGGGCUCUCCGCCACCAAGCCCUCCACGGAUGAGAUCCAGACCAUCGCCGACCAGGUCAAGUCCCAGCUGGAGGAGAAGGAGAACAAGAAGUACACCAUGUUCAAGGCUGUGGAGUACCAGAGCCAGGUGGUCGCCGGGGCAAACUACUUCAUCAAGGUUCAAGUUGAAGAUGAUGAUUUUGUACACAUUCGAGUGUAUGAAAGUCUCCCACAUGAAAACAAGCCCUUGGCCUUGCACGGCUACCAGACCAACAAGACCAGGCACGACAAGCUGGAAUAUUUCUAGUUCUGGAUUCUGGACUGAGCCCACUGUCCAUGUGGUUAAAGUUUCUCCAUAUUUC